AUGGAACCCGAGACUUCGUUAGGGUCAUCGUCGUCUUCAUCUCCACCGGAGAAUCUCGUCGACUCCUUCAUCGGAAACUUCGUCGCUCUCAUCUGUAAAGACGAUAAGCGAUACGAAGGCAUUGUCUCCCACCUUAAUCUUCAUGAAUCGUCGUUAGGUCUCCAAAACGUGAUAUGUUAUGGAAGAGAGGGCAAACCAGGACUCCAGCUUCUUUAUGAAGUAAACGACCACAUGAUUUUUAGGGGAAGUGACAUUAAGGAUAUCCAAGUUCUCUCUCUGCUAGCACCACCAAAGCCUGAGUCUCUCUUAGGUCAUGUCGUUAGUUUAAUAACAACGGAGGAGGUGAGGUGUGAGGGCCUAAUCACCCACGUAAACGUUCAUGAUUCCCUCAUAUUCUUAAAGAAUGUCGUGUGUUACGGAACUGAGGGGAGAGAGAGAAGGGGCCGUUUGAGAUUUGCACCUUGCAACCAAUUAGCUGGUCCAAUCCACUUCCAAAUUAGGGACAUCAAGGAUCUGGAAAUCAUCUUUAUUCAUUUGGAACUUUCAGUGGAAGAGAGACAAGAAAUUGCUCGUGGGACUAGUGAAUUUCCUCCAUUAAGUAGAUCACACAUUGGUCAUCAACAACUCCACGAAACUGUUGGUUCGGAAACAUAUGUAAUCGGUGGACAAAACACGCCCUCUUCCUCGGCUGACGUGUGGGUCUAUAAUAGGCUUAUUGGCAAACGCAAAGCCCCCAGCAUGAUGGUGGCUCGUAAGAAUCCCCUUACGUGCUCUCUUGAUGGCAAACUAUAUGUACUGGGAGGGUGUGAACCAGAUGAAUCUAUGCUUUGGGCUGAGGUUUUCGACCCAAAGACUCAAACUUGGGAAGCUUUACCAGAUCCUGGAGUUGAGCUCCGGUACUCUUUGGUCAAAAAGCUCCAAGCGAAGCAAGGAAAAAUUUAUGUGAGGAGCAAUAAGAAGAACUUUGUUUACCUUACAAAAGAAAGUAGGUGGGAAGAAGCUGACCCAAACUUGGGCGAGUGUAUGUGUGAGAUAGAGAAUGUAUGCUACCGUUAUGGUAAUAAAAGAUAUUGGUGGUAUGACACAAAGUGCGAAGAGUGGAAAAAAGUCAAAGGUUUGAGUCAACUUUACGGUCUACAUAGACCUACACCUGAUAUUGAAUUAGGUAAUUACGGUGGAAAACUCGUUGUCUUUUGGGACCGUGUGGUGUCGUCUCGUAUUUGUGCAACCAAAGAAAUUUGGUGUGCUAUGAUAUCGCUUGAAAAGAGUUCUGAUGAAGUUUGUGGCCACAUUAAAUGGAUUGAUGCUGUGCUUAUUGCCCCUUGGUCGUAUACACUCUCGCAUUGUGUGGACUCUUUGCAAUGA